CUCCGUGGACACUUUCACUCCGGACUUUGUAGAUGUUACAACUUCAUAAACUGUGGCAUACAAGAAGAUUGUAAGCUCAUUCGAAGGGAAGACUGCACCAAGACUGCGCCAUUGAAUUUGAAUAUUUCACCUGUGGACCGCCCAAGAAGUUUACCCCGCAAUGUCCACACUCGAGUCGAACAUCAGGCGGGCGCUCAACAUACUGCUGCCAAAGAUCAAGAAGCAACGCGAAAACUCAUCGAGACCAAUCGUACUUGGUAUCACAGGGCUGCAAGGAUCCGGAAAGUCGACAUGGGCGUCUAAGAUAGUGGAGAUCCUUACCUCAGAACAUCAGCUGCACACCAUCACUGUAUCUUUGGACGACUUCUACAAAACACAUGACGGUCUGGUCUCACAAAGAGAUCAAGACCCCAAGAAUGGAUUAUACCGUGUGCGAGGACAGCCAGGAACCCAUGAUGAGCAACUGGCUGCGAGAUUCUUCGAAGAGCUGGAAGCCUACAGCGGAGAAGGCGAGCUCAAGAUUCCGAGUUUCAACAAGAGUCAAUUCAGUGGUGAAGGUGAUCGAGCACCAGUGUCACACUGGCAUUCGGUCUCGCAGAAGCCUGAUGUUGUGGUCUUCGAAGGCUGGUGCGUUGGCUUCCAGCCCCUUCCUGCUUCUGCGGUCGAGGAGAAGCACUCACUGGCGCUGGCUGGAAAGCUGCCAAUCAAUACUCCUGCACAACAUCAAUUAUCACAUCUACUGGAGGUGAACGACAACCUGAAGAGAUACUGCGAUGCGUUCAUGGGCCAUGAGCACUUCGACUUCUUCGUCCACAUCGACACAAGUGGUCUGCACAAUGUGUACAUUUGGCGACUGGAGCAAGAGCACAAGAUGAUAGUAGCCAAGGGCUCAGGAAUGUCAGAUGAGCAGGUCAAGGCUUUCAUUGACGGGUAUAUGCCGAGCUAUGAGAUCUAUCUAGAUACACUGAGGCAGGGUCUGUUCAAAGACAAGGGUAGAAUGGUCAGAGUGAUCCUUGAUAGGCAGAGGAAUGUGGAGAAAGUAGAAGAGUUGUAGGGCUGUGUGACCGCUAAUCAGCACAAGAUCUUCAGACCUUGACAAUUCAACGAACUCUCUGAGAUGAUAGUCCACCAUCAACAACGCAAACACUCUACUCACCAGAUUUGAUAUCGACAUCAACCACGGCCAGCCGUACACCCGCCCCUAAGCAUACUUUUCCAUUGUAGCUCCGUCCCACAAAGUCG